CUCACUCACUGAGUUGAACUCUAAUUACCCUCACACACUAACUGUUUGUACGGACAACCGUUGGUAUAAGUUUGACCGGCGGCGCCACCGCACCACAAACGCAAAAUCACCGUUGUAGAAAAAGUCUCAAAAGCCUUCUGCAAUCCUAUCCCUCCAAGUGCUAUUUACACUCCCUAGACAUUACUCUUCUUCUCUCUCAUCCACAAAAAUUAUACUGAAAACUAGGACUAGUAAUCCUUCUUCCACCAUACAACCUGACAACAAAGUUCACUACAAGAACAAUCGAACACCUCCCCUUCCAUUUCCAACCUCAACCCAUUUCAUUUAUGGCUUUGAUUCUGGAUCAGCAUUCAAACUAUAAGCAUUAUUGUAAAUUUUGCAGGAAGGGAUUUGGUUGUGGAAGAGCGCUUGGUGGGCACAUGAGGGCGCAUGGGAUAGGAGAUCAUGAGAGUGAUGGUAUUGACGAUGAAGAUCAGUCUAGCGAUUGGGAGGAUAAACUUGGAGGCAAUAACAAUAAGCGUAUGUAUGCAUUAAGAGCUAACCCGAAUAGUUUAAAGAGCUGUCGGAUUUGUGAAAACUGCGGGAAAGAUUUUUUUUCUUGGAAAUCUUUUCGUGGACAUGGUAAAUGUAGCUCUGAGGAUGCCGAGUCUCUUGUUUCUUCACCAGGAACAGACGGUGAUUGGUCCAAAAGAAAAAGAUCUUUGAAAGCUGAAGUUGGUAAUUUUAACUCGACUUGCCCGUCCAGUGAAGAAGAAGAUCUCGCUAAUUGUCUUAUGAUGUUGUCUCAUGCAACUGUUGAGCCUGAGGAGUCUUGUGCUUCGGCAAGUAAAGAUGAGGAACGAAGAAAUACAAUGAAUUUUAUUGCCAUGGAUAAGGCCAAAGGGGUCACCAUUGCCAAAGGCAUGUUUGAGUGCAAAGCCUGCAGGAAAGUGUUCAAUUCUCAUCAAGCAUUGGGCGGACAUAGAGCAAGUCACAGGAAAGUUAAAGGGUGUUUCGCAGCCAGGCUCGAUCAUGUUGAUCAAGAUAGUCUAGCUGAUGAAGAUCAUGAUGUGAUCACAACACACGAAGAGUUUUUUCCUACUAAAUCAACGUCAAAUUUUCAUUUUGACAAUGGCACACAUACUCCAUCGCCUUCUUCAUCAAAGAGAAAAUCAAAACUUCAUGUAUGCUCAAUUUGUCAUCGGGUUUUUCCCUCAGGACAGGCCCUGGGUGGCCAUAAAAGGUGUCACUGGAUUACUUCAAAUUCACAUAAUUUUCAUCACGAUACCAUGAGGCAAAUUCAGCAGCAUAGACAAAAAUUUAUCGACAAUUCUGACCCACUUGAUCUUAAGCUUGAUCUUAAUCUUCCUGCUCCGGUUGAUGACCAUGAUGUAGCAGCAAGAAAGUCGCGUGUAAAACCAUCAAACUUUCAAGUGUCAACGGAGAUUUACUCGCCGCCAUGGCCAGGCAAAGAAAACAAGGAAGAUAAUCACGAGAGCCAUCUAGUCAACAGUGACCAUAACAAAAAUAAUUGUAACAGUUCAAUGCAGAACGUGGAUGAUGAAGCUGACAGUAAAGUGAAGUUAGCAAAGCUAAGUGAACUACAGGAUAUGAACAUGAGUGGAGGUUCGUCUCCAUGGCUGCAAGUAGGGAUUGGUUCAACUACUAAUAUGGAAGCUGACGUAUAAACAACAUUAAUUUUUUUUUUUCUAGUGAUCUUAGUUGCCUUUACGACCCAAUUUUCUUUUUCUUGAUCUUUUGUAUUAAAAAGGUGUAAUUACAAAGUCAAAAGGGUAUAAAUAUUAGAAGCGACGAAAAUUUGUACCGU